AUGAACAACUUUAAAUAUUUAUCAACUUUAAUUAUUGUGAUAGUUUUUCACUUUAAUAUCGCCUAUUCACAAAAACUUUACAAUGAUCAAGUAUUGACUUCACCUCAAUCCAUAAGAAAUGGGGAUUGUAGGAUGGUCUUGGAGAAUAAUGGUAAUCUUAUUAUCUUUAAAUAUGACUUCAAUCAAGUUAUGUGGGCAUCAAAUACUUUCCAAAAAGGUCGUGCUCCAUUUAGAUUAAUCAUGCAAGGUGACGGUAAUCUUGUAUUAUAUGACUCUACCAAUAUGGUUACAUGGAAGAGUGAUACUUUCAGAAAAGGAGUAGCUCCAUUUACAAUGGUUUUGAAUAAUGAUGGAACAUUUAAUAUCAUUGAUGGAACCGGUUCUUCAACCUAUAGUUCUUCCGGUGGAAAUCAAAAUCAAAAUCAAAAUCAACCUCGACCAACAUCCAAACCCAAUAAUACAAAUAAUGGUGGAAAUAAUAAUAAUGUGGCAUCGAAAUUAUUAAAUUUAGUAAAUCAAGAGAGAGCCAAGUAUGGAUUACAACCAAUGUAUGCAGAUGGUCCAUUGCAAUCGGCUGCUCAGGCACACUCCAACUAUCAAGCAGAGAUUCAACAGAUGACUCAUAACGAUCCAAGAGGUGAGUUGGAUCAAAGAGUUAAUAUUUAUGGCGGAUACUAUAGAUAUUACGCUGAGAAUGUUUUUGCAGGACCCAAGACCGAGGAGGAGGCAAUGGAUGGAUGGAUGCACAGUCAGUUACACAGAGACAAUAUCUUAAAUCCAGUACUAAACAGAUUUGGAGGUGCUCUUACCGUUGGACGCAAUGGAGAAUACUAUUGGACACAAUCAUUUGGACAGGCAAAGUAA